CAGUAUGCCGCGUGCCGUUCGACAUUAGGGCGAACGAGCUCAUCAAAAGGUUUCGCGCCGUGCUAAGCUUUCGAUUCCCAUCCCUCGCGUUCUCUUCCUCGCUUCUUGGGUUGGCGUCGAACGCAGAGGAGCUGCCGCCAGGGGCAAACCCGACAUCCAUGGAAGAGACGACGGAGAUUGUCUCCGAUGGCGGCGACGAAGCGGCUCCUGCAGCGGUAACCAUGGAUGUAGAAAAUGGCUUGAUUGAAGAAGAGAAAAAUAUGGAUGGUGAAGUCGCUCCUGCACUUAUCUCCAUUCAUCCUUUUGAGAAAUCAGUUGUUGUUGCAGUGGGUUCUGAGCUUCGACUAUUCAAUUUAGAGGGUAACUGCUCAGUCUCAUUGAUAGAUGAUCCCAGUGGCCCUUCCCAUUCAGAUGCAAUUAGAUCAAUUAACUUUGGUGCAAGUGGAAAAUUUCUUGCAUCUGCCGGAGAUGACAAACUUGUCAAGAUAUGGGAAACAAGUUCCUGGCAUUGCAUUCGUACUGUGUCUGCAGACAAACGAGUUAGUGCAGUUGCUAUUAGCCACAGUGGGCGAUAUGUUGCUUUUGCUGAUAAGUUUGGAGUUGUCUGGUUAGUUGGAUUGGGUGAAGAUGAUGCUAAACAAACAAAAGUUGAUAAGAAGGCUGUGCCAAUUCUAGGUCAUUACUGCAGCAUCAUUACUAGGCUGGAAUUUUCACCAGAUGAAAGGUUCAUUGCAAGUGCUGAUCGUGACUUCAAAAUUCGUAUCACGGUUUUUCCUAAACUACCUCUAAAAGGAGCACAUGAAAUUCAGAGUUUCUGCCUUGGUCAUAAAGACUUUGUUUCUUGUUUUGCCUUUGCAUGUCCUCCAGGAUGUGCCCAUGGUUUUCUCUUUUCUGGAAGUGGUGAUUCAACUGUUCGGUUGUGGGACUUCAUUUCUGGACUCCUACUUGCUACUUGUGAAGUUGGGGCAAUGGUAGGAUCAUUACAGUACAAUGGGACAGAGGAUGGUUAUCCACCAGUUACUGAUCUCUGUGUCUCUUCUGAUGGUUUGAUAAUUGCUGUUGCCAUUCAGAGUUUGCGUGGGAUUGUGCUUUUGAGUUGUGGUUUUUCAGAUAGAACUCUCUCUGUUGCCAAGGUUGUUACCUUGGAAGAUAAUUAUUUCCCAACCAGUAUGGUGUUGAGCUCCUUGACACAACGCUUGUGGAUGGUGAUGGGUGCCUCAAAUCUUCCUACCCUGAGCGCCACCCAGUUACCAACCCGCAUUAGGGUCAUGUCUGGCUUUCACAAAGACCCUUCAGAUUACAAUGGCCAUGAUCCUAUUACUUUGGAAGGCAAUGAAGUACCAGGAGGGAAGAAACUCCUUUCAGAAUUGCAGGGAAGUUUUGAUGUUGCCAUGGAAGAGGCAGCUUUAGCAGCAGCUGCAGCAGCAGUUAAAGCAUCAAUGCGAAACAUGCUGAUUAAAAAAGAAUACGCUUUAGAGAGAAGAGAGAUGAGAAAAAGGAACAGAAAUGAUAGAAAACUAAGCUAGAAGAGCUUGUGGCAGUUGUCUCUUGUGAUUUAGGUGUUGUUGUUUUUGCUUACAUAUUGAUGGGGACUCCUUCAACUCAAAAACUUAAGAUUUUUUUUUAAUUUAAUAUUUGUAAUCUGAUUUUUUUAAAAUUAUUAAAGUUCUGAGACUAUCCUCUUAGGAUAUUUUUCUUCA